AUGCGCGGGGCGUGGGCAGGCCUGGCCGCGGCGGCGGCGGCGCUGGGCCUGGCGCUGGCGGUGUCGGUGUGGCGGCGGCGGCCCCGGCCCGUGCGGGAGGUUCUUUUCUUCCCCUCGCAGCUCGUCUGCACCGAGGCGCUGCUGGCCGAGGCGGCGGCGCCCGGCGCGGGGAGCCGGCCCUGCCCCUGCCCGCUGCCGCGGGGCGACUGCGCCCUCAGCCGCCUGCUGCGGCGCCUGCUCUCCGCCCGCCGCUCCCUCGAGCUGUGCCUCUUCGCCUUCUCCAGCCCGCAGCUGGCCUGCGCCGUCCAGCUCCUGCACCGGCGCGGGGUCCGGGUCCGCGUCGUCACCGACGCGCAGAGCAUGGCGAUGAAGGGCUCCCAGAUUGGCCUCCUGCGGCACGCCGGCAUCCAGGUACGCCACGACCAGGAGAGUGGUUACAUGCACCACAAGUUCGCCAUCGUGGACGGGAGGAUGCUGCUGACAGGCUCCCUCAACUGGACCACCCAGGCCAUCCAGAGCAACAGGGAGAACGUGCUGGUGCUGGAAGAUGAGGAGUACGUGAAGGCUUUUCUGGAUGAGUUUGAAAGGAUUUGGGAAGAGUUUGAUCCCAGAAACUACAGGUCUUUUCCCAAAGACAACAAAUGA